AUGAUUUUCAAGUUGGUUGGUCUCGGUGCCUUUUUUGGAGUAGUUUCCCUUUCAGCGGCCUACAAAAUAACUCCUUACGUUAUUGAUGGUAUCCCAAGUUUCUCAAAUAUAACUACAGCGCCAUUCAUCAAGAUCGGAACUGGCUAUUACUUUAUUCAAACUAAUCUUGAAAAGAAUUGGCAUGGCGCAAUAGAAUCUUGUCGACAAAUGGAAGCUGGUUUAGUCGCGUUUGAAAGCUUAGAGGAAUUGGAUCUGGUAUGGAAACACCUUUCAGCUUUAAAACCGGUGAAGGCUUUUUGGACUGCUGGCACUGACUUGGCCGAGCAAGGUAAACACGUUUGGAUUUCAAACGGACAGCCCCUGUCCUCGAAUUUAUGGCGUAAAGGAGAGCCCAACAACUAUAAAAAUAAUGAACAUUGCGAUACUAUUUUCAUUUCCGAUGGUUUUGGACUGAAUGACGAAGUAUGCUCGAAAUUGUUUUACUAUAUUUGCAAGGCACCCCAGCCAAAGACUGCCUCCUUUAUUGUAUGGUAAAUGAGUUCUGAAA